AUGGGUGAUGAUAAUAGGGGGCCAUUAUUAGCCGCUGUGACUUCGGUUCUUCUGGGACUUGCAGUGCUAUUCACAUCGCUUAGGUUCUAUGUCAAGUGUUUUUUAACCAAGAGUUGGGCGGCAGACGAUGCACUUCUUCUCAUCUCUCUGAUUUUCUUCAUACUGUUCUGUGUGGGCUCUAUAGUAGGAGUUUCCUAUGGGACAGGACAGCGCCUUGUCGACAUCGAAAUUCAAAAUGUACCGACAGCAUUGAAGUUAUGGUAUCUAGGGGAGCUGUGGUAUACACUCACAACCUGCUUUGUCCGACUAUCCAUUGCAGUUUUCCUUUUCCGUCUUGCAACGAAGCCAAUGCACAAGCUGGUCAUCUAUGUCGCAAUUGGAGUUAAUAUUGUUCUGUCUUUGGUAUUCUUCUUCAUGGCAGUCUUUCAGUGUCGUCCCGUGGGAUACUUUUGGAAACAGUAUACGGGAACGAAGGGUAGUUGUUUUGGACCGGAUGUGAUUCCAAGUGCUAGUAUAGCGCACUCUGUAGUAUCCUUUUGUGUAGACUGGGUGCUGGGGUUUCUUCCAUUUGCCAUCCUCUACGACCUUGAGAUGAGAACGCGUACCAAAGUCUCUGUGGGAUUGCUUCUCUCAAUGGGAUUGCUUGCUGGUAUUGCUACGUUGAUUCGGAUUCCCCAGAUACAUGCUCUAGCUAUAACAGAUGAUUGGCUCUACAAGACUGUUAAUGUCGCAAUCUGGUCUACGGUCGAGCCUGGCUUAGGUAUAAUGGCUAUAGCCGGCGCAACGUUUCGGCCCCUUUUCCGCUCUUUCUUCUCUACACGUAGUGGUACUCAAACGGGGAUGACAACAUAUCAUACCCACAACGGCACACAACUUGAUCAGUGGCGAGGUAGUCCGAUGUCUUGCAAACGGCCGUCAACUGCUGCCGGCCUCUCUGUUACAUUUCCAUACAAUGCAGUUCAGGAAAGGUCAUCCGCAACACCCACACCGACGCCACAGAAUGACGACAAGAUCGCACGAAGCCCAGUAUCGGCAAACUUCGAUUUCGCAUUUGAGGACAAGACGCGCACGAUGACGAGCACGCAAAGCAGCCCCUUUUCAGACAGAAAUGAAUUGCGGACACCUACGAGCCCAACCUUUCGCUUUCCCAGUCCACAAAUACAGUACGAAGUCGCAGAUCGAGGGAGUAGAGUAUGGGUUCCUACAUCACUUCAAGUCCCACGUAUGGAUGGGAUUACGGUCCAGCGCACCGUCGAGAUACAUGAAGACCUUCACGACGAGACGCCAGAGGGUUUCUUGCGAAGCGAAAUUGGGAGUAUCGGAAUGGGUUCGGUUUCAUCGCGAUCGAGCAUUAAAGACGGUAGAGCUCCGUCGUUGCAUAGAAUAGGAAGGCAGGACUCGAUGACUAUUAUACGUGAGGAUGGAAUGAUAUCCAGGCCGGGGAUGAGAGCUGAAUGGGACGUUGUGCGGCCUGGAACCGCAAAGAGUGAUGUCAGUAUUCCCAGGUCGGCGACUGCGAGAAGUGAGUUUGUCGGUAUGAGAGAUGGGUCGAGCUUGGAAAUAACCCGGAGCGAGAAUGGGCCGCCUUCUGGGAAUGUUUGUUCGAUGGAUGCCUUUAUAUGA